AAACAAAAUUGCCAGACGGACGCAGGACCCUCCUAACUCCCAAACGAAUUUUUAACGAUAAAGGCCGUUGUUGCGUUAUUCACGGAACGUUACGUGAUGUUUCCAAUUUCAUUUUGCAUUCAGCUCUCCUUCCUAAUUCUUUUGCUGAUUAAUGAUUCUCAGCAAACACUGGACCCGGCUGAACCGCGAAUUGCAAUUAUUGGAGCUGGUAUCAGUGGAACUUCUGCUGCUUAUUUUCUAAGUAAGACCCCUGGGCUCAAUCCGAAAAUUGAUGUCUAUUCAAAAGACCCAGUGGGUGGGCGAAUGGCAACCAUCAACAUUCAAGGAUAUGAUUUUGAAACUGGAGGAUCAAUACUCCAUCCGAGAAAUCGAUACAUGAAGCAAUUUGCAGAACAAUUUGGUUUCAAACAAAAGAAAGGCAUCAGUGGGAAAUUUGGACUUUAUGAUGGUUCUGGCUUUGUAUACAGUGAAGGUGAUUGGAAUGUCCUGAAUGUGGCUUCCCUGCUCUGGCGCUAUGGCUUCAGUCUCGUCAAAGUGAAUACCCUAAUAGGAGAUAUGUUGAAUCAGUUUGAAAGAAUCUAUAACGUGCAAGACGACGGGUAUGCCUUUUCAAACGUUGUCGAUCUGUUGUCUGCCAUGGAUCCUUCUUUCAACUUGAUGUUGGAGCGUACAUUGGAAGAGGGUCUGAAACAAGUGGGCAUAUCUAGUCUGUUCAUUGACGAAUUGGCAAAUGCCAUCAUGCGAGUUAACUAUGGGCAGUCGACAGAUGCCCAUCAGUUCGUGGGAAGUGUUUCCUUAGCCGGAGCAGAAACUGGCCUCUGGUCGCUCCGCGGUGGCAACAAGAAGAUUCCACAUGCCUUACUAAAUGCUUCGAGAGCUAAUUUCCAUGAUGAAGAAGUAGAAGCCAUCCAUUUGAAUACUGAUGGACGAUUCAGCCUACGAUUCAAAGAGAAUGACGAAAUGCCCUCAUACGACGCUGUGAUAUUGGCCACACCAAUAACAAAUGAUACGUCAUCGUUUGGGUUUGAAAACUUUCCUCGCCAGUUCCAUUUCCCCGGCCGUUAUCACCAGACUAUUUGUACCAUGGUCCAAGGGGAAGUCAACCACAAAACAUUUGGCUUCGCUGAUGCGAGUUCAGUUAUUGACGACAUCUUCACCAUCAACCGAACGCUGUUCUUCAAUUCUCUAGCCAGAAACUAUCCAGUUGACAUGGAUGAUGGUGAAGGAGAUGCCCCACCGGUCUGGAAAGUGUUUUCUAACGAGCCUCUCACGAAAGAAGAGCUCAACAUCCUGUUUUCAUCCAUUAAUGAAACCUAUACGAUUCAUUGGAAAGCCUACCCGGAAUACGAUGGAACCAUAUCUUCAGGAAAUUUCACUUUGCACCCUGGUCUUUACCAUAUCAACACACUUGAAUUUGCCGCAUCAGCCAUGGAAAUGGGAGUCAUUGGUGCAAGAAACGUAGCGAUGCUGGCAGCUAGUCACCUUGGUGUCGAUAUACAGGAUCGGAAGGCUCAAAGUUUCCAUAUUGAGUUGUAAUCAACUCUGGAACAAAAGUAUUAUUUUUUAAUCAUUCUGGGUAAAUUGGUCGAAGUUAUUUCAAAUAACGUGCAUUAUUAUCGUUUGUAAAAAGUCGAAUACAAUGGCUACAAGAAA